AUGCAUGCCAAGUACAGCAGCACGAGGGACAUGCUAGAUGAUGAUGGGGACACCACCAUAAGCCUGCAUUCUCAAGCCUCUAUUGCAACGCAUCGUCGCCCAGGACCCCAACACACAGAGCAACAGGUUCCUUCUUCAGCGUGGCGACCAGCGGCCCUGACCCUGUUGACUUUGUGCUUGGUGCUACUGACUGGCCUCGCAGCCCUGGGUCUUGUGUUUUUUCAGUUCUACCAGCUCUCCAUUACUCAACAAAACAACAUCGCUCAAAAGGAAGAAAGAUUGGGGAAUCUCUCCCAACAGUUGCGGUCCCUUCAAGCUCAGAACAGCAAGCUUACAGAAACUCUGCAGCGUGUGGCUGAAAAACUCUGUCGUGAGCUCUACAACAAAACUGGAGAACACAGGUGCAGCCCUUGUCCAGAAAAAUGGAAGUGGCAUGGGAACAAAUGUUACCAAUUCUAUAAAGAAAGCAAGGAUUGGCAGGGAUGUGAAUAUUUCUGCAUUGCUGAGAACUCUACCAUGCUGAAGAUAAAUACAGAAGAAGUGCUGGAGUUUGCCAUGCCUCAGAGCUACUCUGAGUUUUUCUACUCUUAUUGGACAGGGCUUUCCCGCAACGGUAGUGGCAAGGCCUGGCUGUGGAUGGACGGAGCCCAUUACUCAUCUGAACUGUUUGAUAUUAUAAUCGAUUUCACCAGCCUCAGGAGCAGGGACUGUGUGACCAUCCUUAAUGGGAAGGCUUUCUCAAAAGACUGCAGAGAGUUGAGGCGGUGUGCCUGUGAGCGACCGGCAGCAAUCGUGAGGCCUGAAUGGCUCUAUUAG